AAAAAUACGCGGUAAAAAUUAAAAAUAAAAAAUUGGUUCAAUUUAAUUAAUAGUUUUUUUUUUUAAUUUAAUUUAAUUUAUUUGUUAAAUAUUAAAAUUUUCUAUUGCUUCCGACUUUCAUUUUUCAUUAUUGCGCAACAAAUGCGCGCAUGUCAUUAUAAUUUUUGGAUCAAUGUUUUUAAAACGAUUAUAACAUCUAACGUUUUUUAUUUUAUGUUUAUUAACGCAUAACACAAGAAAGAGGUCAUGUCUGAUGAAGAUGACUACAUGUCAGAUAAAUUCAUUGAAAGUCUUCAAGAAAAGGCGGGUAAAAGUUCAACGAGUUUGAUUUAUAAGCAGUCUGAAAAAAGGCGACUUGAAAUAGCGAAGAGAAAAGCUGAUAAUGAUGCCAGAAUUAGAGAAAAAAAUAAAUCAUCUCGGGUUAUGGAGAAAGAAAUGAGAGACAAACAAUUGUCGGAGGAAUUGACUUCUGAUAAUAAGGGAUUUGAAAUGUUAAUGAAAAUGGGGUAUAAACCUGGUCAAGGUAUUGGUAAAAACUUAAGUGGUUUAUCGGAGCCAAUACCGAUAAAUAUUAAAGCUGACAGACUAGGUCUUGGUAAGGCUGGUAAAAAUAAUUCAGCGUUGGUAAAUAAAAAGAAAAUAAAUCCAACGGCGAAGUUGGAGAGUAUGAAGACUAAUGAUUUUCGUGAUAGAAUGGCGAUGAAAAAAUUACAACAGUUGUUGGAGAUCGAUUUAGUUAAAAGCCAAAAAGUGUGCGAACAGUUGGAUACUAAAUGCGGUAUCAGCGAACCUGUUGAGAUCUGGUACUGGCCUAAGGUAGAAAAAGAAAAAGAGCCUGAUGAUGAAAACUGUAGUAAAAAUGAUGGAGGAACAGGAGAUCAAGACAAUGAUGAAGAUGAUAGUGAUGAUGAUGAUGGACUUUCUACUACGGAAAAAUUACAAGUUGUAACAAAAUACUUGAGAGAUAGAUAUUUUUAUUGUAUUUGGUGUGGUACUGAUUAUAAUGACAAUGAUGAUUUAGUUAAUAAUUGUCCGGGAGAUACGCGGAAUGAUCAUUAAUAUAAAUAUUUUAUUUAUUUAAAUACAAGUCUGAGCUUUAUUUAUUUUAAUCUAAACCUUCUAUCACUUAUUGAAUUUU